AUGGCCAAAAGUAUUGUUUAUAUGCCUUGGCCUCCGAAUUUUUGCUGAAUUUACUCGAUAUACUGGACUUUCUUCUCUAUUUUUCGCAUGCCAUGGCAAUGUUGGGUUGUACCUUUAUUUCAUAGCCACAAAAGAUCGAUUAUUUUCAUAAAAAAUCCUUCGUAAACAGCAAGACUUUGAUGAUUUGUUGAAAAGCGAAAUCCAUGACAACACGAUCUAAUACAGCGUUUACAAACGACCAAAUGAAAGAUGCGCUAAGAUUAGCCAAAGGCCUGUUUGAGUCCAAAGUGCUGGUUAAGCGACCUCCCACCACUGCUCAGAGGGCAACCUACAACACCAGUCGGCCUCAAAGCGUACCAAAGUCAUCAUCACAUCGGACCAAGAAACUAAAGCCGAACAAGUCUGAAAACCAGCUGGUCAAUCCAGUUUGGCGACCUUUCAGUCAGGAUAAAUCAUUAAGUCAGGCUCGAAAAGAGAUCAUUUAUGGCAAGAGACCCUUGAUAAGGAAUGUUGACAAAGAAGAUCAUGGAAUCAAUGACACAAAACCCAGGUUGCCAAGAGGUAUUGAUUCAAUGGAACCCUGGAUGACUGACGAGAAUCUUGAAUCAUGGACUGGUAUUCCUGCAAAUGAAAACUGUUUUGUAAUGUUACCAAGUGGAUUUGCAGCUGAUGUCAAUUGUCUGCCACCUCCACAGAGCCCUACAGACACCUUGUUGGAAAGAUCAGUUCAGGAAAUUAAGGCAUAUGUUCCACCAAAAAUUCUCCACAAUUAUAACUACCUGGAAAACGAAGAUCAAUCCUUUCAGUGUCAACAUGGCCAGAAGCAACAGGGUAAACUUGAGUCCAGAGAAAACAUGAAAAGAUUAGAAACAAGUGAGAUUAUAAUGCAAGAAAUUGAAGAGCUUGAGCAACUGCUCCAAGGGUAUGGUAAUCCAAACAGUUCUUCCAUUGUCAACCUUUAUCAACAUGAAAUUACAACCCUUAAAGAGAUGGUAGUCACAACAUUACGGGACUAUACCUUCAAUGUAAACAUACCAGAGGAAAUGGCACCUGAAAUUUUUCAUGGUGACUUAUUUGAAUUUCUGGCACAUCAUGACAAAACAAUUGCUGCAAUAAAGGAAAAGCGGGAUGCAUGUGUAAGGGAAUUAGCAAGACUGGAAAAAGAACUUGUCCAAAGUAAAUAAACCAAAGCCAGAAGAACCUCAAAAUUCUUUGUUGUUUUCGUGCAAAGUUCAUGUUCCCGUAAUGGUGUGCUCAGGCGAAAUAAUGGGUCAUGUUUCCUGAAAAAGCAAUUGUCCCAUUUCAGAAAAGCCUCAAUGGCAAAACAUUUGGCAAGAAAGAGGGUCUUGAGCUGAUAAUGGAGAAAGACAGAGCAGUUAAUGGAGCCCAAUUGACAUUAUUCACCUUUUAUAACCUGG